UGUUGUUUCGUUUUUGACUCCUGUUGCCCAGGGUCGUAUUUAUAAAAGCUAACCUGUUUGACUAUAUUCAGUUACUUACAGUUUGUUGUUUGAUAAGAAUUAAUAUUAUUAUAUUUCUGUUUAACUGAACAUGGCUGAUUCAAAUAAAGUUAAAGUUGAAAUAGAAUAUUGUGGUAGCUGAGGGUAUUAUGGGCGCUUCAUGGACCUCAAAAACGACUUGGAAUCUGGAUGUCCCAAUGCAGUGGUGUCUGGUUUUGUCGGUCGUGAAGGUUCAUUUGAAGUGUCCAUAAAUGGGAAACAAAUAUUUUCAAAACUUGAAACUUUUGGAUUCCCGUACCCAAAUGAUCUUAUUGAAGCUAUGAAGACAGCUCAGAAUGGGGAAGAAGUCGCUGCUAUUAAUAACAGUCAAUCUCCAUGCACUAUAUUAUAAAUACUUUGUUAAAGUUUCUUUUUUUUGUGUAGUUAAAUACAUGUGCUGCUUUAUCUGUAUGCCUUGCACAUUAAUGAAGGUUUGAAUUUAAAGUGGUUAACACCACCGAUUCAAACUGGAAACCUGUUGUAAAGGCAGAAAAUAAAAUACAUGUGAAAACCCACAGUUUCAUUUUAAAAGCUGGAAGGAAAUCGUUACAGCAUGAUUCCCAAACAGCUGUCUACACAGACACAGGAAUUCAAUUGGUGCUUGAUUUUCAAGUACUUUGUGUACAGUUUUGUACACGUAUAAUUUACAACACACACGUGUACAUAUAUAAUACAUAAAUUGUUUUAUAUUUAUUUAUACAUAUGAACUACUUUCAAAGAGUUGAAUGGACUGCAAGCUCAUGUGUACCAUACUAAUUAAGAAACCAAUAAUUAACAGUCAAGUGCAACCAACAUAACUUGCCACACCACAAUGGCUUUGCUAACCUUAAACUUGAUCAAAUUAAUUAGUCCAAAGUUCAGCCACAGAGCUGAUCUACCGCAACACAAGAUAAAAUAGUUACUAUUAGAUAAUUACAUGUACGUAUUAAAAUAUAAAGUGAAUGUGUUGCCUUUUGCGAUCAAAUAAAUGUUGAAUCUG